UCAGUUGAAGUGAUAACUUACAGACGGAAACAUUUAUCAAUUCACAGAAUUAUUGUUCAUUUUUUAUUUGUUUAAAAGAAUAUUUCACUGCAAACAUGUCUGAUGGAGCUGAAGAUUCUGGGAAUGUAGUUUCUCUGAAGCUGAAGAGGCGUCCAGCUGAGGAAGAGUUCCCAGAUCUCAGUACGCACAACAACCACAUGGCCAAGGUGCUAACACUGGACAUGUACAAAAUGCUGAGAGAGAGGGCUACACCCAAUGGAUACACCAUAGACAACGUUAUCCAGACAGGAGUGGACAAUCCAGGUCAUCCUUUCAUCAUGACUGUGGGCUGCGUUGCUGGAGAUGAGGAGACAUACGAAGUCUUCAAAGAGCUGAUGGAUCCAGUGAUUGAGGACAGACAUGGAGGAUAUAAGCCAACGGACAAACACAAGACUGACCUCAACCCAGAUAAUCUGGUAGGUGGUGAUGAUCUUGACCCUAACUAUGUCCUGAGCUCACGUGUCCGAACAGGACGCAGCAUCCGUGGCUUCUGCCUGCCGCCCCACUGCAGCCGGGGAGAUCUGAAGGGGAAAUACUUCGCCCUGAAGAACAUGACAGAUUUUGAACAGCAGCAGCUCAUUGAUGACCACUUCCUGUUUGACAAACCCGUGUCUCCCCUGCUGCUGUCUGCAGGAAUGGCCCGUGAUUGGCCUGAUGGCAGAGGCAUCUGGCACAAUGACAACAAGACGUUCCUGGUGUGGGUGAAUGAAGAAGACCACCUGCGUGUCAUUUCAAUGCAGAAAGGAGGCAAAAUGAAGGAAGUGUUCGAACGCUUCUGCACUGGACUCACCAACAUCGAGAAUCUGUUCAAGGAAAAAGGUAAUUCGUUCAUGUGGAAUGAGCAUCUGGGCUACGUUCUGACCUGUCCAUCCAAUCUGGGAACAGGUCUGCGAGCAGGUGUGCAUGUGAAGCUGCCCAACAUGAGCAAUAAUGCAAACUUUGACGAGGUUCUGAAGAGGAUGAGGCUUCAGAAACGUGGAACUGGUGGCGUGGAUACGGAUGCUGUUGGUGGGGUGUUUGACAUCUCCAAUGCUGAUCGACUGGGCUUCUCUGAGGUGGAGCUGGUGCAGAUGGUGGUGGAUGGAGUCAAGCUGCUGAUUGAGAUGGAGAGAAGACUGGAGGGUGGUCAGUCCAUUGAUGACCUGAUGCCUGCCCAGAAGUAAAACACAUCCUUACAGACAAGAACCAUUUACCUGUAAGAUUAGACCAAGAGAAUAAGAAAUUAAAACAAACACUGGAAAAGGACAAAAAGAAAGAAGUAAGGAUGCCCAUAUCCAUGAAAUGUCAUUCUUCAAAUGGCU